CACUGAAGUUGUUGGAAAAUGGGCAUAAAGUAUCUUCUUCACUUCUUGGACAAAGCAAAGGUAAAAUAAGUUAAAUAAAUUAGAAAAAGGAAAAAAAAGGGUAACGUGAGAAUGAUAAAUACUCCGUACCAAAGAGGGAAACGUACAACCAUACACACACACCAGUUCCACCUCUGCACUUAUUACCCCUACUAAUAAUUCAUUUCCCCCUGUUUUUUUCCUUCUCUAUCAAAAUUCAAAACAUUACAAGGCCAUAUUCGCCAGAAAAAAAGAUGGGGAAGAAGGGGAAUGGCUGGUUUUCAUCUGUCAAGAAAGUCUUCUCCAAACAGUCCCUUGAUCACAAGGAUUAUUAUUAUUCUCCCCAUCACCCCAAGGAAGACAAUGACAAUAAUCACAAUGAAGCCCCGGAGGUGGUUUCACUCGAGCAUUACUUCACAUCCCCUGAUCUCACCAACGGCGACGACGACGAUUCCGUCGCAGAAGAUCCUAAUAAUAACCAUGCCGCCAUCUCCGUUGCAUUGGUCACCGCUGCAGCGGCGGCUCAGGCAGCCGCGGAGGUGGUGGUCCGGUUGGCUGCGGGGGGAGGGAGCCGGCAGUCCAAGGCGGACAGAGCUGCCACGCGCAUUCAGUCGUAUUACAGAGGGUAUCUUGCAAGACGAGCAUUGCGGGCUCUGAGGGCACUGGUGAGGCUGCAAGCACUGGUGAGGGGGAACAAGGUGAGGAAGAAGGCGUUGUUGACGAUGCAAUGCAUGCAAUCUCUGGUGCGGGUACAGGGAACAAUGGGAGCCCAAAGGGUGCAAAUAGCAGACAAUAAUAACAAUAAAGAAGAUUAUAAUAAAGUGGAGCAGAGUGUGGGAGAAGAAGAAGUGUCCAUGGAGAGAUCACUGCACUUGCUGGAAGAGAGGAUGAAGAAGCUCGGAAGAUCCGCAGAGAAGAAGAAGAAGGUGCUCGAGGAAGACGAUGAUGGCCUUGGGAAUGGGAGUUUGGGGACUGCAGAAACUUCUAGGGGAAACCAUUAUUAUGACUCUGAGAUUAGAAGAGAAAGAUCCCUUGCUUAUGCUGCAUAUGCUAACCAGGACCAACAGCAAGAGUUUUUCAAUUCUGUUGCAGAUGACCAUCAUCAUCAACAUCGUCAUUCAGAGUUUUUAUUCGGCAACGAGGAGCCACAAUGGCGGCGACGGAGUUGGCUCGAGGGCUGGAGGCUGUCUUCUUCACAAGCGGCAGCCGAGUCUCCGCCGCCACGACAAGGCUCUCCGUCUCUCACAACCAUUUCCACCACCGACGAGCUGAGCGAAAAGAGAGUGGAGAUUGAUUUUUCCGGCCGGUGGUUACGCUCCGAACCCGUAAAGCCGACCCGAUACAACAAUUUCGAAUUAAGCCCGAAAUCAACGACCUAUGCACACCGACGAGCAUCCGUACCGAGUUUCAUGGCCCCGACCCAAUCCGCUAAAGCAAAGGCCCGGGCCCAAGAGCGGAACAGGGCUCGUGAAGCACCACCAGCCCAAUGGAACUCAUCGACGAAAAGUGGACCAGCUCGUCAUCCGAUGGGCUCGAGAAGCCCAAACCCGAAAAAGCAUGCACGGCAAGCUAAUACUAGUAAUAAUACUAAUAAUAAAUGGAUGCCCAGUUAUUGCAGUCCAGAAUCAAGUGAGAAGUAAUGGAUGGAUGAUGAAUAAUUUUGUAUUAAAAACUGAUAAUCAGA